UUCUCCGAAACCCGAAGGCUCUACCCCGACAAACCCCAAUCUUCGACGAUCCCACCCCCCGAAGGCUCGGAGUCUACCCUAAUUUAAAGACUGGACUUGGAGUGAAUCGAGAGUCGAUAGUUGACUUUUAUAUCUUUCUUUUACACAUUUUUGGAUUUUUUUCUAAAUUUAAUUUAAUUAAUUCCACCCACUCGAAAACACUCCCUAACACCCCUUCCCAUUUUUUAUUUUUUUAUUUUUAAUCAUUUUAAAUUCUGUCAAAAUUAAUUUUAAUUUAAUAUUUAAUAAAUUAUUUUAACAUAUUAAUUCAUUUUAAAUUUAUUUUUGUUUAAUUAAAUUUUUAAAUAAAUUAAAGUUUUGGUGUUAUUGCUGUUUUUUAGUCGCCUUCCCUUAGUUUUUCUUUCAUAUCUCGACAAUAAGAAGUCGGAUCGCUUUAAUUUUGGUAUUUUCUGAUUCAGCUUGAAGAGGCGCAUCGAAUGAUACCAAAAUUAAAAAUAUCCCACUUUUCUUUGUUGACUUAUAAAUUUAAAUAACUCGAGUAGCUUUUUAGAACAACUAGAAAAAACAGUGUUUAGCCAAGCUACUAGUAACAACACUUGAAAAUGAUUGGAAUUAUACAUACAUUUUCAAACUUUUUAAUUUAUAAACUCCUGUUAAUUAAAUAUUUAUUUAUUUUUAAAUGCCCAUAAAUAAAAUUUCCAACGUGACAAUUUUUUAUUUUUUAAAUUUUGCCUCUUUUUUUUUUAAUUUUAUUCAUUUUCUCGCGUUUUUUAUUCAUUAAUUUAAUUUUAAAAAAUUAAAAAAAUUUUUAUUUUCAGAUCCAAAGCCCUUACCCAACAACCUCUCCUUACACGCGCAUAAUUUUCAUCUUUUUGUCAACAAAUCUGAAGCCCAUUAGAAGGCAAAAAGUAUUAGUGUUGACGACAGUGAGUAGGAGUAGGAAGACAUUGAAAAUCAGCUGCAGCCGAGUGGUAGAGUGAAGAAAAAAGUGUUUGGAAAUUGAAACGGGUAAAAAAGGAUUAAAACGAGUAGAAGCUACAACAUUGUUGUAGUUGACAACAAAUUCAAGCAGUAAUUGCAACACAACAUCAGGUUGUGGAAAAAGUAGUUGACAACUAGUUGGAGCAGUAUCUGCAACACAACAAUAAUUUGGAAAAAUUAGUUGGAGCAGUAACUGUGACACAACUAGAGCCAGUAGAAAGCGUUUAGAAAGAAGAUCAUCUCUAGUAGAAGAACAACUAGAAGAACAACUAGAAGAAUAAACACGAGUAGCUCUUUAGAACAACUAGAAAAACUAUUGUUUAGCCAAGCUACAAGUAACAACAUUUUUUAAUUAUAAAAAUAUUUUUUGUGUUUAUUGUAAAAAAUAUUUUUCUACCAAAAAAAGUGCUAAACAACUGACUAUUUUGAAAAAAAAAUUUUUUUUGGACUUUGAAGGACACUGAAAAAAAAUUUUUUUAAUUGCAAAAACUCGUUUUUCUUUCUAUCCACGUGAAGAGUAAAAGAAGGACCGAAAGCAAUAACAACUUUUUAAAGAAGAAAAAAUAGAAGAAGAAAAAAAUGUUCUUUUUCGACGAGGACAGAGAUGAUGGACAGCAAAUGGAUGUGAAAAACAACAACAACAAUUCUCAAAUUUAUCAUGAUUUUGCUAUUCCACAAUUUAAUAGUAGAGGAGGAAUGGUGGCGUCGACAACUGCUGCGAUAAAAGGUGUGUGAGUGUGUGUUUACUAAAAAAAAAUUUAUUUUUUUUUGAGUGAGUAGGGGGCCUCACUUUAAGAGAUACAAUCUUUAAGGGCUGAAAAAAUGUUUUUCUAUAAUGAGGUUAUUUUAAAUUGAGGGGGUUGCUUAGAGGGGGAGGAGGUAUCACUUAAACGGCCCUCCUCUCAUCAAUUUCCAACCAAUUUUAGAAGAACGUAUCUUAAAUCAGUGUGGAUCUACUGUUGAGUUUCUCUUAUAGUGAGGUCCGAUUCUGUAUAUUGUUGUAUUUAUAUUGUUUGUCUUUAGGUGUUUUGAAGUUUUAUGUAGAGCUCGGCACGGAACGGGACCCUGUCCCGGAAUCCCGGGUUUUCAGCGAAAAACGGGAUAUACUGGAUUAAUCUCACGGGAUCCCGUCCCGUUCAAAAUUUUUAAACUUAAUCCCGUUACGGGAUCCCGAGAAUGCGAUUUUGUCG